AUGGGCAAACGCAAAAAGUCCUCCCGCGGCCCCGUCGGGCCCAAAAAGGUACGCGCCUCUGCCCACCACCCCAAACAAAUCCACCAUCCUAGACUCGCGCGACGCCGACGACGACGACGACGACGACGACGAGAAGAACAAAACAAAGCUAAGAAACAAGGACCAACACAGCGCGAAGCCCUCGCCACAACAUUCCAAUGCCUCUUCUGCAACCACGAAAAGUCGGUGACGGUGAAGCUGGAGCGCAAGCUGGGCGUCGGCCAGCUGCUGUGCAAGGUGUGCGGGCAGACGUUUCAGACGAAUAUUAAUUAUCUGUCUGCCGCCGUCGAUGUGUAUGCCGACUGGGUGGACGCGUGCGACGCCGUGGCAAAGGAGAAUGCGGAUGCGACGAGCAAGGAUGGGCCUUUGGCGCUGGGUCGGCAGGGUGGGUUGCUGUCGCGACAGGGUGGUGGUGGUGGUGGUGGUGGUGGUGCUGCUGCUGCUGCCGGUGGUGGUGGAGCGACGGCUCGGGAUGAUGGGGAUGGGUUUAUAGUGGAUGAUGAGAUGGAUGCUGAGGGGGACUUUGGGGAUGAGGAGUGA